GAACAAAGUGAAAAUAUGUAUAACGACGUCGUUAAAGGUUUCGCCUCCAGUCCCACGGAAAACCUCGCAGAUGCUUUUAUAAAGCUCCCAAGUUUCCUUCCACUACAGAAAAAUCUCGAUUCUAAUACGGAACAAGCAAAAGAACUGGUAAUGGCGACUGAACAACCAAAGCCAGCGGCUGAAGACGUGAAGAUGGAUCUAUUCGAAGACGAUGACGAAUUUGAAGAGUUUGAAAUUGAUCAAGAUUGGGAGGACAAAGAGGAAGGCAAAGAAAUAACACAGCAAUGGGAAGAUGAUUGGGAUGAUGAUGAUGUCAACGAUGACUUCUCUCUGCAGCUAAGAAGGGAAUUGGAGAGCAACACUGAGAAGAAAUGACUACACUUGCACUGAUUGUUUCUGUUUUUCAAAAUUAGACAGUGUACUGGAUUCAGGUGUUUCCAUAUGCUUGUACUCUUUAUUUUUCUGAACAUGCACCACCUGUGUCCGUGUUCCCGUAGGCAACAUGAAACCUUAAUAUCACCUUUUUGUUCACAUUAUGAAACUUGCGAUGUGCAAACUUAAAACCAGUUCCUGUGAGCUUAGCUUGA